AUGGAUGAUAUGAUUGAGACACCGUUGAUUUGUGAAAAUUGUUCGCUCUCGGUGAAUGGUAGAGUUUUCCAAAUUGAUCUUAUUUGUUUACCACUUAAGAAGGUUGAUGUGGUUUUGGGGAUGGAUUGGCUCUCUGCCAAUUCGGUGUUUAUUAGAUGUGAAGAGAAGUUGAUUAUCAUUCCAUCUAGUGAAGCUACUCCAAAGGAUGUAUUAACUACUAUCUUGGAAGGUACGGUUGGUAUGGUAAAUUUCUUAUUUGAGAAGGAAAUGUCAGUUCUCUUGGUUCUCACCAAGGAAUCUAGCGAUAAUCUGAGUGUUACACAAAUUCCUGUCGUUUGUGAAUUUCCGGAAGUUUUCCCUGAGGAUGUCACCUCUCUUCCUCCUGAAAAGGAAGUGGAAUUCUCUAUUGAUCUGAUACUUGGGACGACUCCAAUCUCCGUUUCUCCGUAUCGCAUGGUGCCACUCGAGUUGAGAGAGUUGAAGAAUCAAUUGGAAUAG